CUGGACUGUGGGAAGGGGCUCUGGGCACCUGAAGCUCCUAGGAGGUGGGCGGGGGGGCGGAGGAGCCCCGGAGUGGGACGCCGGGAGACCCAGAAGAGUGCGGGUGUGUGAGGAGGGGGAGCCGUGUUGGCCCGGGAUCAGGGCCCCCGCUCUCCCGGGGAACUCUUUGGGAUUUUGCGGAGCCUCCGAGGAAUCCAGUCCCGACGACCACGUCCAAAAUCUGGGACAUGUUUUGCUUGUUCCUUUUCCAGAGCCUCUGGACUGUUGGGACUGAUGGAUUCUGAGCCGGUGUGACCUGGUUUGUUUUGUUUUCACCUGUCACCCUUGUGUCUAAUUUUGGAAAACAAAGGGUUGACCUGACACACACAAGUGCACUAAGUGCACAUCUUAGUGUUCAGGAUUCUAAAACGAUCCAGAUCAUUUUUUGCAAACCUAAAAACUUAGUGAGGGUAAAGAAUAGGGAGUGCCCAACCUUGCUCUUCUGUUCUAAAGUGGAAAAAUUUUGGAAUUUGAAUUAGUAUUUUGUUCAGGCUUCUUGACUCUUAUCACAGUUUUGCUUUAUUUUCACUAAAUUUCAUCAUUUUCCUAGCCUUCAUCUAAAUCAUUAUGCAUUUUUAAGUGCCUACUACGUGCCAGGCUAAGUGCUGGGAUUCCAAAUUCUUAGAAGCACUGAUAAUUCGUCUUAAGUUAAUAGUAAAUGCUUUAGGACCACCCCUGAAAGAAGAAACACUCCAGGGCAUCCUAGGCAGAAUGAGCCUUCAAUGCUGUCGUCAGAAUGGCUCACCUGAGGGAAGCUGUAACCCUAGUUUUCCAGGCUUCUGAGGAGCAGGAAAAUCUUUUGAUAGUGAAAGUGGAGGAGAAAAAAGACCUUACCUUUAACCAGGAAUUUCAGCUUGGAAAAGACAACUUCUCUGGCCAAGAAAUCUGCCCACGUUUCAGGCAGUUCCGAUACCACGAGGCCCCUGGACCUCGGGAAGCUCUGAGCCAACUACGGGAACUUUGCCAUCAGUGGCUGAGACCAGAAAUACACACAAAGGAACAAAUCCUGGAUCUGCUGGUGCUGGAGCAGUUCCUGGCCAUCUUGCCAGAGGAGCUCCAGUCUUGGGUGAAAGAAUACCAUCCUUUGAGUGGAGAAGAGAUUGUGACCAUGUUGGAGGGUUUGGAGAGAGAACUUGAUGAACCAGGACAACAGGUUUCAGUCCAUGCAGAAGGAUUGAAAGGGUCGUUGAAGGAGGUGGUACCUUUGGAAGCAACACAAGAGUUAGUGAGCAUUCAACUGCAGCUUAUGGAGACUCAGCUCAAAUGUGAAUCCUCAGUACUCCACCGCUUACAAGAAAUAGAUGAUGAGUCUAGGCCUGAGAAUGAGAAGUUGAGUCUAAAGCAGGAAAUUUCUUUAGUAGAACCUCACUCAUUGCUUUUAAGAAGAGUCAUAGUGGAUGCUCCCCAGCAACCUGAAUCUGGACAAGCUUUUGAAACUGAGAGCAGGUUAAAAGGGCAUCAAGAAACCCCCACAGUGGAGAGAAGGAAGAAAUCUCCUUCCCAGGAGAAAAUUUCCAGGGAAAUCAGAGAGAUCAUUCAUAAAAAGUUUCCCAUAGGAGGACAGAAAGACCACAAAUGUGAUGAAUGUGGAAAAUUCUUUACUAAGAGCUCAAAUCUUAUUCGACAUCAAAGAAUCCACACUGGAGAAAAACCUUAUAAAUGUAAAGAAUGUGGGAAGGCUUUUAGUGGAAGUACCAGCCUUUGUCUGCAUCGGAGAAUCCAUACUGGGGAGAAACCUUAUAAAUGUGAUGAAUGUGGGAAAGCCUUUAGUGUGAGUUCCAAUCUGAUUCUUCAUUACAGAAUCCACACAUUAGAUAGACCUUAUGAAUGUGAUGAGUGUGGUAAAGCUUUCAAUUGGAGUUCAGACCUUAUUAAACAUCAAAGAAUCCACACUGGGGAGAAGCCCUAUGAAUGUGAUGAGUGUGGGAAAGCUUUCAAUCAGAGCUCUGACCUUAUUAAACAUCAAAGAAUCCACACUGGGGAGAAGCCCUACAAUUGCAGUGAGUGUGGGAAAGCCUUCAAUCAAAGCUCACUCCUUAUUAAACAUCAGAGAAUUCACACUGGGGAGAAGCCAUUCCAUUGUAAUGAAUGUGGGAAAAGCUUUAGUCAAAAUGCAGGUCUUAUAUCACAUCUGAGACUCCAUACAGGAGAAAAACCUUAUGAAUGUAGUGAGUGUGGAAAAGCUUUCAGUGAGAGUUCACACCUCAUUAAACAUCACAGAACUCACACAGGGGAAAAACUUUAUCAGUGUACCAAAUGUGGGAAAAGGUUUAGUCAAAAUGAAGGUCUUAUUUCACAUCAGAGAAUCCACACUGGGGAGAAACCCUACAAAUGUGAUGAGUGUGGUCAAACCUUCAAACAAAAUUCAGCCCUUAUUCAGCACCAGAGAAUUCACAAUGGAAGAAAAUCCUUUGAAUGUCAUGAAUGUGGAAAAGCCUUCCGGUGGAGCUCACAUCUUGUUCAACAUCAGAGGAUUCACACUGGAGAGAAACCUUAUGGAUGUAAUGAAUGUGGGAAAGCCUUCAGGGGGAGCUCAGAUCUUAUUCAGCAUCGGAGAAUUCACACUGGAGAGAAACCUUAUGAAUGCAAUGAAUGUGGGAAGGCUUUCAGCCAGAGUUCAAAGCUUAUUAGACAUCAGAGAAUUCACAGUGGAGAGAAACCUUACGAAUGUAAUGAAUGUGGGAAAUCUUUCAGUCAAAUCUCAGUGCUUAUUAGGCAUCAGAGAAUACACACAGGAGAAAAUCCCUAUGAAUGUAAUGAGUGUGGGAAAGCUUUCAAUCAGAGCUCAGCCCUUACUCAGCACCAGAGAAUUCACACUGGUGAGAAGCCCUAUGAAUGUAAUGAAUGUAGGAAAACCUUUAGGCAUAGGUCAGGCCUUAUUCAACACCAGAGAAUUCACACCAGAAAGUAACCCUUUGAAUGUAGUGAAUAUAGGAAUUUUUGGUGGCAGAUUUAUACUUUGGUUAAUCCCAGAGGAGAUAUGCUGAGUCCAAACUUAAUUAAAGAUAAACUUUUUGCCUGCAGCUCCAUGUCUGUGUUGAAGAAAAAAUAUUAAUACUAUACUCUGCAUUUUAGGCACAAGUCUGUCCAAAAAAAAUUAAAGUUUAAUAUAUAAGCAUUUCUAGUUUACAGAAAUGUUCAAACUGACAUAGUUUGACAAACUGACAUCCCCACCCCUCCCUUGAACAUGUUUUCAGAUAUGUCUCUAACCCAAGAAAAUUUGAGAUAUAAUUUAUAGGAAUCUUGAACAAGGAAAAUGUCACAGUAUGUUCAAAUCUAGAUCAGAGGUAAUAUUCUUGUUUGAAAAUGAGCCAUUUAAUCUUCUAUAGGAACUACUCCAUUUCUUGCUUUACCACUCCCCCUAAGGACUGAAUGGAUCUCCCUGUGCAUCAAUAUCAUAAUCUUUUCUGAAUGAAGAAGAGGGUGUUGCCCUUGGCCAGGCCAGUCACUUUCAGGGGAUGGGAAAAGCAAUGAACUAACUAGUCAAGAAGAAUUUCUGUUCCAAACUGGGUUUCUACUCUUAUCUGAUUUCCUUAGGAAAGGCCUUUUUUGUUCUUGACCUAACCCACAUUCCAAGUGGGACAAGUCUGGAAAGUGUUUUUAGGUUACAGAAGUUAGAGAAGUAUUUCUUAAUAUUUUUAGAGAAACUGAAAGGGAAGGGUUUUUUUACAUGCUUCUUCAUGUAUUCCAAAAACAAUUUUUAUUAACAUCCUAAAUUCAAGUGUUGUUCUUCCUGGAGAGAAAUAUCAAAACUAGCAGAUUCCUCUCAGUGCCUUCAGGCAUCUUUUUAACACGACAUUUUGAAGUAUCUUGAACAAGGAAAAUGUUACAGUUUGAUAAAACACAGUUUUGUAUUUAUAGUGUGUUCCAUCUAAUAAAACAAUAGUCACUUAAUCUUUCUGGGAGGCCCUGGACAAUAUCCCUUCUAAAACUACUCAUCCUUUUUGACCACUCAAGAGCUCUUCUCUCAGCUGGUCAGAGGGGAUCUUAAGCAAUUAAAGGGACUUCUUCCCUCUGAUCAAUACCCUAAUACCUUAGGGGAAGGCAGUAAUCUUUUAUGAAAAAUUUUUUUCAUUCUAAGUUUGGUUACCUCCCUUGAUCCAUUGUUCUUGACCUUUUUAUACACUUUCCUAAGAGAGGAGUUAGAACCAAGGGGAAAGAUUUUAGUGGAGGGCAUUGUUUUCUGAGAAGUUUUAAGCAGUGUAUUGACUUCCCUUCCCUCAGGUUAAUCUGGAAAAAACUUUAAAUUGGAGAAAUAAUUAUUUGAUAUUUCAGUUAACUAAGAAAGAAGUUUUUAAUGUGCUUCUACAGUAACUUUCUUUGUAGUAAGUAUUCCAUUGCUAUGUGCAUGUUGGCUCAUAGGAAAUGUAAGAGAUUUGUCUUUGUGUUAACCUAAGAGAACAAGAAUUGUAAUAUGGGGCCAGAUCCAUAGACCAUAAUUGUGUUUCUGACUGUAGUACCAAGUGAUGCUUCCUGUAAAAGAAUGGAUUUCCUCUGUGCAUUGAAUUCACAGGUUAGAUAUUCUUCAUGAUCCCCUGUGAGGUUGUAAGGUAGAAACCAUAGCGAUAGAGAUUUCCUCUGAAGGAACUAAAACUGAACUUGAGAGUUGGUAGCUGCUUUCCCAUAAAAGGUUUAGAGAAAUCUAACCUGCUCUCUGAUUUCUUCAUGAAAAUAUCCUUGCUUUCUUUUCACCCUGUGAGGAAGAUGAAAUCCAAACUCGAUGGAGGGAGUUGGGCACCAUAAGAUAUGGCUCUAGUCCCUGUCACUGAGCCCUCCUCAGUUUUUUCUUUGUUCUAUCUUUCCUUCUGUAACCGAAAAGAAAAAAUACAUGAACUAUUACCAAAUUUAAGGCAUUUCUAAGAAGCUCAUCAGUUUACUCCUCAUUUGUCAACAGUGACCAUGAGUAACAAUCCUUUUAACAAAUCCUUUUGAGGUUAGAGUAGCAGGA